AUGGACAUGGAGGCCAACCCUCUCUUCGGUGUCGACCUCUCCGAUGCUGGUUCCUCCUUGUCUUCCUCCGUCGACAAUGACCCACCCACCGUCACCGCGCCACAGGCUGCCAUUCUCCAAACGGUGAACAUCAAGGAGCACGUCCCCGUUGAACUCAACCUCGCUGAGUCGAACUACACCGAGUGGUGCUGCUUCUUCGACGCCUUCAUCGGCAAGUUCGGCAUCGACUCACAUCUUUCUUCCCCGCCAACCGUUGAGGCCCACCGUGAUCCGUGGGCAGUAGCGUACUCCAUCUGGUCCUCCAUCCAUGAUCAGUUUCAUGAUAACAAACUGCAUCGCACCGUCUACCUUGAGGCAGAGUUCCGGAGUUUGGUUCAAGGCGACAUGGACAUCACCGCCUACACCGGCCAGCUCAAGCAACUGCCCGACGCUUUGCGCGACGUCGGACAGCCUGUUCGUGUGACCAACCAGGUGCUCAACAUGCUUUGUGGCCUCAACGCCAAGUACCGCCACGCCGUGCUCGUCAUCACCACCAAGAACCCACCUCAUUCCUUCCUUUUGGCCCGCACCUACCUACUGCUGGAAGAGCAGUACGAUCGGGAGCAUGCCAAGGCGGCUUAG